UGGCUGGCCCCUCGUCUCGUCCUGAGGAGGGGAGAGAUUAGAGACAUACAAUAAUACCAGCUUGCGCUGCACCGUCUUAGAUCCGCCACAUAGCUUCAUCUUGCCCAACUGCCAAUGCCGCAGCUGCCAGUCGCCCGUACGCGAGAGAGCCCGACUCUAUCGCGCUUGCCCUUUGUGCAAAGAGAAGCGGCAGUGCUGAUGAUGGAGUGCUCGAAGACUCGGCAGAAAGGUCGUUGAGAUGGGGUGGGGGCGAGAGAGGGCGUCAAUGCGCCGGAGCGUCGUCAGGAAGCGCGGCAAAGAAGAAUAAGAACCGAUUGCGCGCAGACACGGGCUAGAGAGCGACAGUCGUGGUAGAGAGCAGAGGCUUUCGUGAGGUCAGGUACGUCAGCGAGGUGAAUGGAGGAGGGAGAGAAAGGUGUGGAGAGAUGGGGAAAGUGCAAGACGGGUUGGGGAUGCAAGAUGGGCGAAGCGUGCUCUGGAUCUGGAGCGCAAAACGUGGCGCCGGCCGAAGCUUCCCGUCGAUCCGCGGCAUGUCCUCGGUAUGCCAACCAUCCGGCAACGGCUGCGCAUGCUUGGCCUGCUUUUCGACAUUCGCGGCACUUCGUCUUAUUUUUCCUCCCAGGACAUCACUCAAUGCUACACUCCCAUCCCACAUCUGCCCUCCCAUCCAUUCCGCACACGCGGCCUUGCAUUGAUGAGCUGCGGGCUGCUGCACGGCUUGCCUUCAUCGGUGGUCGAAUGACGCCAAUUCUCAGCCAAGAUCGACGGCGGCGGGCAGGUAGCGAAAGCCGCAAUCCGGCCCGUUGUGGGGGAUUGCAUGUCGUGCAUGAAAGCGAGGGCUGUCUUUUCUCUACAGCACCAAGCCUUGUUGACACCUGUCCGGCAGUCAUUCACGUACCUUAAGCUCGUCUUUCCUCAGAUAAUUGAGAUCUUGUUCGAAUACAUGAUAUAGACAGCAAUCGUCUCGCGCAUACGUGCACCACU